UCAAGUUUUCUUGAAAUUCUUCUGAUACGGUUGGGUCUUCUUCAAGUUCAACCUGCCUCGUUAAUCGAAGGCUAAGUGUUCGUGGUUGUUUUGUUAACACUCUCACAUCACGGUCUUCCGAAAACCCUACUUUCUCUCUCUCUCUCUCUUCCUCCGAAGCUGCUCGGAAGGAUCGAGCAGUUUCAAAUUCGAUUCGGGAUGAAUUUCAGUGAGCUCUAUUUGACGCUUUGAUUCUCACAAUCAUGUGGUUCUCCUUCUUGAGAUCCAGAGAUCGUUUUUCAUUGGAUCAGCUCAGGUACUUAUCUGAUCAACUGACAAAAGUUCAAAUAGUUAACGAGGUUAAUAAGGAUUUUGUUAUUGAGGCACUGAGAUCAAUUGCGGAGCUGAUUACAUAUGGCGACCAACAUGACGCAAGCUUUUUUGAAUUCUUCAUGGAAAAGCAAGUUGUGGGAGAGUUUGUACGUAUUCUAAAACUUAGCAGGACUGUUAGUGUUCCGCUUCAGUUGCUACAAACCGUGAGCAUUAUGAUUCAGAACCUUAAAAGUGAACAUGCUAUAUACUAUAUGUUUAGUAAUGAACAUAUGAACUACCUUAUUACUUAUUCAUUUGACUUUCGCAACGAAGAGCUAUUGUCAUACUACAUAUCCUUUUUAAGAGCAAUAAGCGGAAAGUUGAACAAGAAUACAAUUUCUCUGCUUGUGAAGACUUGCAAUGAUGAAGUAGUUUCAUUUCCACUGUAUGUUGAGGCGAUACGCUUUGCCUUUCACGAGGAGAACAUGAUUCGCACUGCUGUUCGUGCUGUGACCCUAAAUGUUUAUCAUGUUGGUGAUGACUGUGUUAAUAGAUACAUUGCCAGUGCACCUCACACAGAUUACUUCUCAAACCUGGUUUCCUUUUUUAGGAAGCAGUGUAUGGAUUUAAAUAGACUGGUCUCUGAGACACUGAAAAAUCCAGGCCCAGAUUCCACCUCUACAAUUAUUGCUGCUGUAGAUGAAAUUGAGGAUAACCUGUAUUACUUUAGUGAUGUUAUCUCUGCUGGAAUUCCUGAUGUUGGGAGGCUAAUAACAGACAGCAUGCUGAUGCUUCUGAUUUUUCCAAUACUUCUUCCAUCCCUAAGGAUAGUGGCUGUUAAUGAUAUGCAAAGUGGUGUUGUUACUUCUCUCUACUUACUUUGUUGCAUCUUGAGGAUUGUCAAAAUCAAAGAUUUGGCAAAUACAAUAGUGGCUGCACUUUCUUAUCCUGUAGAAGCCUUUACAAAAUGUUCCGGGGUUAAAGUCAAUGGCCAUAUAACUGAUCAUGGUUUUACAUCUGAAGGCCAAGAACCAGAUAAUGAUAAUCAUGCCAAGUGCAAUUCAGCAUGCUUGAUGGUCAAUGUGCCAGACUCUUCUAGUUCUGCAGGUUUUCAUCCAGAAAGUGUUAUCCUACUAAAUAAUUGUAGCAGUUCAAAUUUGGCUUUAAGGGAGGUUUUGCUUGCAUACGUAACUAAAGGAGAUGAUGUACAAGUUUUGGGUUCUUUGAGUGUGCUUGCCACUCUGCUGCAAACUAAAGAACUUGAUGAAUCAAUGCUAGAUGGGCUUGGAAUUCUUCCACAACGCAAGCAGCACAAAAAACUCUUAUUGCAAGCUUUGGUUGGCGAGGCUUCAGGUGAAGAGCAACUUUUUUCUUCUGAAAGUAGCUUGAUGAGGGAUGACAUCGGUUGCGAGUUUGAUGUAUAUUUUGGAAAGAUAAAGGUUUGCAUUUCCAAUCUUGGUUUAUUCUUAGUGGACCUAAUUGAGGAUAUUUGCAUGUCUGGUUUUCUGAGGCAGGCAACUAGCCAUCUUAAUAAUGGUUAA